CCUGACUCGACAUCGUCCCUCGUUGGUUUCGCCCCGUCCCCGAGGUUUCGGAGGGUUUCCGAGGAGAACGGCGACGAUCUUAGAGCGCUUCCUCCGCAAAAUCGUAAGAUUCAGAUCGCGGAAUCGAAAAGCCUUCGCUUAGAGCUCUCGAUCGAGGUGGUUUUCUCUCCGUUUUGUUAAGAUUUGAGCUCGUUCAUGUCGCGGGGAGUUUUUGCGAAGCGUUCCGGAUAUCCGCAUUUGGUUCGAUCGAUUAGGGUUUCGAAAGGGCUUUUCUCUUGUUGUUGUUGUGCACCGGAACCCUGAUCGGGGUUAGGUGGCGGUGAAUCGGAGGUUUUAGGGCUUGAUUGAGGUUGGUGAAGACGAGGAUGAAGAUAACGGAGGUGGUGGAGGAAGGGGGAUCGGAGGAGUCGCAUGGGCGCGAGAUCGUUGCCGUGAAGGCGAGGAGGGCGCUGGUGGGCGCGGGAGCGCGGAUUCUCUUCUAUCCGACGCUUAUGUACAACGUUUUCCGCAACAAGAUUCAGGCGGAGUUUCGGUGGUGGGAUGAGGUGGAUCAGUUUCUAUUGCUCGGCGCUGUUCCCUUUCCCACUGAUGUACCUCGCCUAAAGCGGCUCGGAGUUGGGGGAGUCGUCACGCUAAAUGAGCCAUAUGAGACCUUGGUUCCAUCAUCCUUAUACAAGGCUUAUGGUAUUGAUCAUCUUGUGAUCCCCACAAGAGACUACCUCUUUGCACCAUCACUUGGGGAUAUAUGCCGAGCUGUUGAUUUCAUCUACAGAAACGUAUCUCGUGGGAGGACUACCUAUGUCCACUGUAAAGCUGGAAGAGGACGCAGCACAACAAUUGUUUUAUGCUAUCUGAUUGAAUACAAGAACAUGACUCCUGAAACUGCUCUGGAGUAUGUACGCUCAAGAAGGCCCCGAGUCCUUCUGGCUUCAUCUCAAUGGCGGGCUGUUCAAGAAUACAGCAGGCACAAGUUGGAGUACCCCGCAAUCCUAAGUCCAAGACCAAAUUGUUGUUCGCUUACGGGGGAUGAAGUGUUGAUUACUCCUGCAGAUCUAGAAGGCUACGGCAAUAACGAACAUUCCAGCAAAGAUCCUAGUCUUGCCUUAUGUCGUAGUACUUCAUCAGGCCACAUGAUUGCAACAUUCUUUCCGGCUAGUCCCUGCAGUACCAGAAGCGACGAGGUUUUAGUAACUGAAGCUGACCUCGAAGGUUAUGAUCCAGGCACGGAUUGUAAAGAUUUGGUUGUCUCAACAACCGGAGUUCAGUCACGGUCAAAGCCGCUGAUUAUAAGGAGGUUAUCAUUCCUCUUUGGGGCCUUGAAAAUUUCCGGGGUUUGCCAACCGGUUCCAGCUCGGGUUCCGGAGAUUCAUGCUUGCUAGGGUCGAAGAGAGACCAUGUACUUAUUUUUGUUUUGCGGAGUAUCAAGUUGUAGGGAAGAGGUUUGAGAGUCUAAAAUGUUUGGUCAUGUUGAUGGCCUCGGAUGAAAGGGAUUCGUGAGAAGGUUUAUGGGCAACCAUUGUUAUCUCGUUGUCCUGUUGCGUUGUCCAGGUUUUGACUUUGAAAGAAUAAUAUUUCCAAAUAAAUUUUCCUAUAUGUUGUCGGUUUCCUUA